AUGGUUGAUUCUAAAUAAUACACACAACGUAUUCUUUAGAAAUAAUUAGAACACGUACAAAAGAAUUCAGAUUUAAAUGUUUCCGUAGGAUUAGAAAAUAACAAUUUAUUUUAAUGGAAUAUAUGUUUUGAAGGUCCACAUGAUUCUUUGUAUGAAGCAGGAUUAUUUUAAGCAACUUUAACUUUUCCUGAUAAUUAUCCUGACAUGCCUCCAACAAUGAAAUUUACAACAGAAAUGUGGCAUCCUAAUAUAUAUCCAGACGGAAAAGUAUGCAUAUCUAUUUUACAUCCACCAGGAGUAGAUUAAUUUAAUACUUAAGAAAGUGAAAGUGAAAGAUGGAGACCUGUUCUUACAGCAGAAAAUGUUAUUAUUAGUGUUAUUUCUAUGCUAAUGGACCCAAAUACAGAAUCUCCUGCAAAUGUAGAUGCAUCAAUUUAAUUUAGACAUGAUAAAGAAGCUUAUAUAAAAAAAGUAAAAUUCUUAACAAAAAAAUCUAUAGGAGAUUUGUGA